AUGGUUUCCUUGUCCAACGAAAAAGUUCUUUUGCUGUUAACCUUCUAUACCAUGUAUCUAAUUUUCCAUCUUUCUGGCUCAUCUUCCUUCAAAACAGCACUGUAUGUAUUCACAGCAGCUAACAAUGAUCAGAAUGAGGAAGCAGAGGCUCUAAUAAAAUGGAAAAUCAGCCUUCACAACAAAAGCCAACAUGUCCUAUCUUCAUGGCUACUCGGCGGCAGCAGCGGCCAUUGUAGUUGGCUUGGAGUUGCUUGCGAUGAUGAGUCAAUAAGUCUCACCCAUUUAAACCUUUCAAGCUCUGGUUUAAGCGAUAUGCUUCAUAAUCUCACAUUUUCAUCCUUUACCAAUCUCAUUAAUAUUGAUUUUGAAAAAACUAACCUCCAUGGAGAGAUUCCUCUUGGCCUUUACAGCCUUUCCAAACUCAAUCAUCUUGAUUUGGCAGACAAUUAUCUGUCUGGAUUUCUUUCUCCUGCUGUAGGAAAUCUUUCCCAUCUUUCGUAUAUUCAUCUAUCUAGGAAUUACUUGUCUGGAGCAAUUCCUAAAGAGAUUGGCUUGUUGAGAGAUCUCCAAGAAUUCAGGAUUGGUGCUAAUGGUUUUAGCGGCUCUAUUCCGAAAGAAGUAGGAAACUUGAUAUCAUUGAGAGUUCUUAAUAUAGAUACUAAGAACCUCACAGGUCCUAUUCCUGCCUCUAUAUGA